AUGGAAGUCGUGAAUAAUACCAAGGACGGCCCCGGCUCCUCCUCCUCCGUCGUCGCGUCUCUCCCUUCUGCUCCAUCUCUCAUGGAUUCCCCGGGGCGAGCCAAGAUCGCCGUCGCCACCCUCAUCCAAUCCUUCACCCCGCCCGCCCCCGCUUCCGCCCCCGUCACCACCACCGCCACCUCCCCCGGCCGCGCCGCCGCCUCCCCUGCAGCCGUGCAGGUGCCGCCCUCGCCUCGCAGCGGCCCGCCGACGCCCCUGGCGGCGGGCAUGUCGCCUCGCAAGGCGGACCGCCCCAGGUCGCGCAGCGGCGGCCCGGCCGGCUCGGCCUCGCCCCUGGCGGCGGUGGUUCAGGUGGACCAGGUGACCGGUGGUCCAGGUGUUGAUGACGUGGCACAACAAGAACGAGAAGAGAAAAAGAACGAAAGCGAAGGGCAGGGGGGAGGAAGAACGAAGGGCGGCGGCGGCGACGCGGGGUCGCCGCGUAGCGUGGGCGGGAAGGAGUGGGAGUGGAAGCGCAAGGCCCUGGCCGGGAAGGGCAUCGUGCGCGAGGGCGCACCGCCCGCCGACGGCGAACCCGCCGGCUCGACCCGGGUCAAGCUGCCCCUGGCCUCCCUGCUCCACACCAUCGAGACCGACCGCAUGCUGCUCGUCUCCUCCAAGAGCGACACCUGGAAGGCCAAGGCCCUCACCGGCCGCGGCAUCAUCCCCUCGCCCGACACCUUCACCUCUUCUUCCUCCUCCUCUUCCUCUCCAUCGUCGCCCGUCGUCUCGAUCUCGCCGCACGUCUCGUCCCUGUCGGCUCCCCUGCCGGCCCUCUUGUCGCCGCGCCAGCCCAUUCCCUCCGGCCCUGCGGCGCCCGCGGCGGCCACGACCGGCAGCGGCAGCGGCAGCGGCGGUGGCGGUGGCGGCGACGACGGCAGCGAAGGCGAGGGCAGCGGCAGCGGCGGCGAUCGGAAGAAGGGCAAUGCCGGUGCCAAGGGGGAGAAGCGGGCGUCGCGGAAGGAGAACAAGCGGAACAACCACAACAAGGUGGUGACGGAGGUGUCGCUGCCGACGACGGUGGUGAACAGGGUGCACGUGGACAAGGACAACCUGGCGCAGGACAUGGACGGGGUGCUGCGCGCGCUGCACGGGGAGCUGGAGCGGCUGGGCAACCACCACGAGACGCAGCAGCAGCACCAGCAGUCGACGUCGACGCGCGGCGGCGGGCUGAGGCGCCACCGGCGAUCAAAGUCGAUCGACCAGCUGGCCGGGCACCAGGCGCUCAAGCCCGAGCUCAAGGGCGACCACAAGGAGAAGGAGAAGGAGAAGGGCAGCAAGGCCGAGGCACCGGCAUUCGCCUUCCCGCUGGUCACCACCACCACCACGCGCCAGGACAAGCCCGUGAGCAAGCUGCACACCUCAGCUGCUGCGCCGAAUACUGCGCCGCUCGUCAAGCUGCCGGCGGCCGGCGAGCCCCGGAAGACGAAGACCAACAGCCUGCGCCAGCAGCUGCUGCUGGGCAAGGGCGUCGUGAAGCCGCAGGACAAGCGAACCGUACCGGUCUCGCGCCUAUCGGUGCUCAUCGACAUGGCCGACAUGCAGGCCAUCCACCAACAGGCGUCCGUCCUCGAAGCUGCCGCGCGCAAGCAAUCGUCACCUUCUUCGCCUGUGCUGCUGAGUGGUGGUGACUACCAACCAACAAAGGAGGACCUCGUCCGACAGAGACUGAAGACGGUCAAAGCGGUGAUAGCAUCGGCCAUGGACGAGCUCGAGUACGAGCUCCUGCACCAGCGCAACAGCGCUGAGUCGGCGUCGGGGGAGGACCAGCUCAUCGCGCUGACCACCAAGCUCCACCAGCUCAACGACCUCCUGAUGUAA